CUUUGUUAAUCACGACAGCUGCAGGUCUUGGUGGCAUGGAUCUGUGUGUGACCAUCAAAGGUGUCUCCUUCCUCUUGCAAACAGGUAUGGGCAUUUUAGGAAACACUGUGGUACUUUUGGCGUACACACAUAUCGUUUGCACUGGAUCGAAGCUCCUUCCUGUGGACAUGAUCCUGUGCCACCUGGCCUUUACCAACCUGUUGCUGCUGCUGACCCGCUGUGUCCCCCAGACAAUGACGGUGUUCGGGCUGAAGGCCCUAUUGAAUGAUCCGGGCUGUAAGGUGGUGAUCUAUGCUUACCGCAUUGGCCGGGCUUUGUCAGUCUGCAUCACCUGCAUGCUAAGUGUGUUUCAGGCAGUGACCAUCACCCCUACUGGGCCUUACUUGUCCAGGCUGAAGCCUUCACUUCCAUCCCUGGUUAUUCCCACCUUUGCAGGGCUGUGGCUCUUCAAUAUGGCCAUAUGCAUAGCAGCUCCAUUAUUCUCCAUGGCUCCACGAAAUGACACUGUCCCUGCCUUUACCCUAAACCUGGGCUUCUGCCAUGUAGACUUCAGAGACAACUUGUCCUAUGUGAUUAACGGGGUGGCUGUCUCUGGGAGGGAUUUUACAUUUGUUGCCCUGAUGGUGGGCUCCAGCUGUUACAUCCUGCUGCUGCUCCACCGCCACAGCCACCAAGUAAAAGGGAUUCGUCGCUCUCAGGGUGGAGGGGCAGAGACCAGAGCAGCCAAAACAGUGCUAACCCUGGUAGUUCUCUAUGUGGUCUUCUUUGGGAUUGAUAAUGUGAUCUGGAUCUACAUGCUGACGGUGGCAAAAGUGUCACCGGUGGUGGCUGAUAUGAGGGUGUUUUUCUCUUCAUGUUAUGCCUCUCUCAGCCCCUACUUUAUCAUUUCCUCAAACAAAAAGGUCAAAGCAAAGAUUGUGUGCACAGCUGAGCAUGAGCAGCCAUCAGCGGACACUCAAGAUUCGAAUGACAAAUGACUCU